AUGUCCAAAACCACGCCGUUCAAUAUGCCUAUUUCCCCCUCUGUGUCGACAAAAAUAGGGUCGACUAUGACUCCUCUCCAAGAUCCCCUUCUCAAUUACUCUCUUUCUUCCUCUCUACUGCGCCCAACUUCCUCAAAGUCAAUGUCUAUCCGAGAAAACGUUCAUGUUAUGGUCCGCUGUAGACCACGCUCUGCAGAAGAAGCAGCCCAAAAUGAAGAAGCAUGCUGGGUGCUUCGUCCAGAAGAAGGUGCCAUUGACCUUAUAGGCCCCAAUCGAAAGAUGUUCCAGUUUGACAGUGUACUUAGUGGAAUAAAUAAUGAAGAAGUGUAUUCGGAAGGUGUUCACAAUCUGGUUAGGAACUGUAUUUGCUUAUGGCCAGACUGCAAGUGGAAAGACAUAUACAAUGGUAACAAGGCGCAGCCCGGAGUUAUCCCGAGAGCUGUUAGUGAUGUAUUCAAUUACAUCAGAGAAGAUCAUCAUGGUCGAGAAUAUCUUUUACGUGUCUCUUACCUUGAAAUAUACAACGAACGCAUUCGUGAUCUCCUUGGAGAAGACCCUAAUGCCAAUCAGCCAGAAAUCCACGAGGACUCCAAGCGGGGUGUUUAUGUCAAAGGCUUAAACGAAACAAUCGUUACAACUCCCGAGCAAGUUAUGCAAAUUAUCAAAAAGGGCGAAGGAAGUCGCAAGGUGAGUGCGACCGAGUACAACAAGCGCAGUAGUCGCUCCCAUACCAUGUUCCAGCUGGUGAUCGAAAGUAAAUCAAAAGAUGCAUAUCCGGUGGACCGUGCAGCCGUCCAGGUGUCACAAUUGAAUUUGAUUGAUUUAGCAGGUUCUGAGAAAGUCACAAAGGACUUUGAACGACAAAAGGAAGGAGGCUACAUUAACAAGAGCUUAUUGACGCUUGGAACUGUCAUUUCCAAACUGACGAGUGGGCAGACUACUACACACAUCCCCUUCCGUGAUUCCAAGUUGACCCGUAUCCUUCAGACAGCAUUAUCUGGAAAUGCUCGAAUCUCAAUAAUCUGUACCGUAAACCCUACUCGUUCUUCUAAAGAGGAAUCUCUUAGCACCUUGAGAUUUGCUGAACGAGCAAAGCUCGUAAAGACGGCAGCAAAAAUGACAAAGAUUACAGAACACUCUGAACUCCAAAACUGCUUGAAAAAGAUUGAAGAAUUACAGACAAAGAUGCAGGAAAAGACAGAG